AUGAUCAACUACGACAAGUCCGUGGCCUUCCCUCUUCAUGGUGGAAGAAUGACAAGCCAAACUGGUGGCCUAAUUCAAGAUCAUGCAACAAACAAUCUCAAAAUCAAAUGGUAUGGUUCUACGUCUAAAGGAUUUAUAAAAUACCUAGGUUAUCCAAUUUGGUUCUGCAAUCAACAAAGAGACGUAUACAUUGCUAAGCUGCUGGGUGAUAUUACUACUGCUGUUGAAAGGUUGGCAGCACGGCAAGUCUCACUGUACGGCAGAGCGAAUAUUGCCAACACUAUGAUAUUGCCCAGACUAUGGCAUGUCAUUCGGAUCGUUUCCCUGCCCAAAGACACAGUCAAGAAGAUAGCUUCAAUCAUUUAUCAGUUUGUAAUGUCUGGUCUGUAUCGACCUCUAAAGGGCAAUUCUCUCUUCCUACCAAGGUAUCAAGGCGGUUUAGGACUGCUUGAUAUAAUGGCUCAACAAAAGGUUCUGCAAUUCAGAUAUCUGAACGCUUUGCUAACAGAAAACAGCAACAACAUACCUGGUCUCACUUAUAGGCUACUAGUGGAUUAUUUGAAGAUGUCGCACGACUCACCAUCGCACAUAAUCCCUAUACUGCUCCAAACGGCUAGAUACAAAAACCAGUUAAGAGGCUUCCACCCUUAUUACAUGAUGUUCGAGGCAAUAGAUACCUGUAUGAAGCAUUCUCCGCUCUCACUCGCUUGGCCUGUCAAACCAAAUGUCAUGACACUCUUGUCAUUGCCAGUGCUGGAAAUUCUUGAUUUUGACAAUGAGGAAGUAGCUAUGGGAUAUACAAGCAGAGACUCGAUCAGGGAGAGCAAAGUUCACGACUUCUUCCACAUCGAUCAGGAAACAAGUACUCUGCAGCUAAAGUCAAGAAGUGAAUGCAAGCGACCAAACAUCAGGAACCAGAUAGAAAGAGGCCGUCUUUGUGGAAACAUCAAAUUGAAAUCCUUCGCGGAUACAAGAAACAUGGAGGCUCAUCUAGAUCUACAGCCUUUCAUUGCUAUGCUUAAUUACCAAGACCGCCCAAUGCUUCGAAUGGCGAACAAAGACUUGAGAUCAAUUAUGCUGGACAUACACAACCUUGAUGUUGGACGAAAGUUCAAUCAUACCAUCAGCAAAGCCCAGUGGAAACACUUCUAUCAUCAAAACAUGCAUCACUCCGUGAGAAAUGUCUGGUAUAGAAUGAUCCAUAAGCAAUGCCCAAGUAAAUCAGCUCUUUUCGUUCGACGACUGAGGAAUGUUGAAGAUGACAAAUGUACUCUCUGCAAUGAUACUGAAGAUGCCAAACAUCUCAUGGUUAGCUGCCCCCACAAAAACGACAUUUGGUCCAACAUCCAAUCCACAAGUAUACCAAUCUAUAGUCAAUCUGAACCUGAAGCAAUACUUCAUCUACAAUCUCGACAUCAAGAUUACAAUCUUCGACCUGUUUGCUGCCACCAUUCGUAUGAUAUGGAGAUUCCAGCUCCUACAUACGUUCGAAGGAAUGCCUUUUGA